AAAUAUGGGACAGAAUACAGCAACACAUGUAACGAAAACACAAAUAGCAAAAUUCUACCAUCGUUAACGCCAUUAAAAGACUUACUUUGCAAAACUGCCAUAUAUAAACAACAGGUUAGCUAUGUGAAGUGAGCGGCUGUGACAUGCCUCGGAAUUUUUCGCGCUAAACAGCCGCUUAUAAGCGAGCGAAGCGAUUUUACUGAGCGAACCUUGUGAGCCGUGACGAGGCUCUUAAAUUCAUGACUGCGUGUGCCGGGGGAAUAGUGACGACUUAAAAGCUGAGACGAGAUGAGCGCGGGAAGUUUUGAAAAACCCAAGUCUCACCUCUAUAAUUCAAACACACUGAUAUCACAAGAUACGCUUGAGGAACAUUUGGCGAAGUGUCGGAAAAUUGUCAAUGAACUGACUAAGGACUUAUCUGAAAAACAAGCCCAUGAUGCUUUGAGUGCUGCUGUUUCUAAAGGCUCACAGAAUCAUGAAGAAGUUUGCUUGGGAUUAUUUCAUGUCAUUCUCACUGAUACAGAGAGUGCUCAUAAUGCAUAUCGCGAUCUGAACCUUGUAAGCCGUGACUCGAUGGUCUUGAUUGUGAAUAAAUUGCUACAGUUGAUUUCUGAAAAGUACCUUCGGCUAAUGGAUGGAGUUAAAACCCAGAUAAUGUGGUUAGUGACUCAGUUUGUUUCAUCUAGUAUUGGAGGAGCAGACACCAUUUGUCUUGCUCUUUUGAAGCAAGCUGCGGGUGGCGAUUUGACUCCUUCUAACAUUUGGUUGGCUGAUGCCCUGCUAAACCUGUUUACCCAAAAUCGCUGUUGGUUGGAUAAGUUUCCUCAGUUGUUACAGGUCGUUGUAUACAGUUACCUGAGGUUGAUUGCUGAUCAUACAGCUGGAGCUUAUAAAAACCUUCGGCAAAAGGAGAUAACUCUCUGUGUGUCUAUUUUACGAGAACGUUUUGUUGAAUGCAUGAGUAUUGGUAGAGACCUCAUCAGGAUGCUUCAGAAUGUGUGUAAAAUUCCAGAAAUGAAGUCUCUAUGGAAGGACAUGCUUUAUAAUCCUCAUUUAUUGAGUUCACAAUUUACUGGAAUCUAUCAACUUUUAAACAUUAGAACAUCUCGUCGAUAUUUAGCUAUAAGAUUGACACCAGACAUGGAAAACAAGAUUGGAUUUCUAACCUCAAAAGUCAAGUUUGGUCAUCAAAAGAGAUAUCUAGAAUGGUUUCAUCAUCAGUACCUAUCAUCACCUGAAAGCCAAAGUCUUCGUGCUGAUCUCAUUCGAUAUAUCUGUGGUGUGGUUCAUCCUUCAAAUGAGAUCCUUAGUUCAGAUAUCACCCAGCGUUGGACUGUGAUUGGUUGGCUCUUGUCCACCUGCCCAAAUAAUGUGAGUGCAGCAAAUGCAAAACUAGCACUCUUCUAUGACUGGUUAUUUUUUCAAGCUGAAGAUAACAUCAUGAACAUUGAGCCAGGAAUUCUUGUCAUGUAUCAUUCAUUGAGAAAUCACUAUGCCCUUACAGCCACCUUACUAGACUUUCUAUGUCGGUCAGUUAUAGAGUAUAAUCAAAAGGGACAACAGUGCAAGGAAUGCGUUCAGCAUGCCUUCAAGGCUAUCUUGUCAAAAAAGGUCAUCAGUUCCCUAAUGCCAAUUAUAGAUAACCAAAGAAUGGGUCAGGAAUUGAAAAGUUUAGUUCGCAGUACAUUCCCGUCAUUUUUUCAAAUUAAUGGUUCCACAUCUGGCAAGUUUGGUGAACAUGUUAUCAAGGCGGAAGGAAAAAAUGGUGCCAGUCAUGAUGGAGAUUUAAAUAUGAAUGAGGGUAUAAGUGAUGCCAAGUUUUCUGAUACUGAGGAUGAAGCUGAUGUUCAGAUGAAUGGAUUGGAGAAUGACAUUAUUAAGUUUCGGGAUGGGAAAAUUAAGGAGAAGAUAGUGGAUGGUCAGGCUGAAGAAGACGAUGAUGGAGAUAUGGUUGACUUUGAUGAGUUAGAGAAAUUGGACGAGGAUCUUCGUGAUAUGGUUCUUAAGUUACAACAAGAAAGCAACAUGGGUACUAGAUGUGACACAAUGGAAAGUAUAAUAGCUUGUGUUCUUAAUUUGAAUGAAUUUGAUGAUGAAAUGAACAGUGCACUGGCAACAUGUUUGAAUAACAGCUUGGUAGAGGAUUAUUAUAACCUGUGUCUUCCAGAAAAAGUAACAGAUCGAGAACUUCAAGAUUCUUUGGAGGGUCCACUUUAUACAUUGUUCUCUAAAAUUGUCCAUCUUCCUACUCACGACAUUGGACGUGAAACAAUCAUAAAACUUGCACAAGAAAUGAAAUCAAAAGAACCAAAAGUUAGCAAUCAUUUUUUAUACUAUCUCCUAGCAAUCGAGCAAGAUGAGGAAAAUCUUUCGUUCUACGAAGAGUUUGUGCGAACUAUGAAAGAUUUUAAGUCCAUGUCAACCAGCCUACUGGAGGAUGCCAGACUCUGUCAAACAUAUGAUCCAAAAUUGUUUGUCUUUCUUGCACCUUCUUUGUAUCGUAAAUUCUCAGAACAUUUGGUCGGUAAUGUGGAAAUGCUUCACAUGUUAGUUGCAGUGGUCGAUCCUUUGCAGCUUAGUGACUUGCUUCAUGAAGUUGUGUUAAGGGAUUUGGUUAUAUUUGGGGAAAGUAAUGUUUAUGAUGUGUUGAAGGAAUCCUUAUCCUGGGAGUCUUAUGAACAAUAUAACGUGUGGCAAGUGCUUUGUGCUGAAGAUCCUCCUGUCGAGUGUUUCCUUAACCUUUUGCCAUUACUGAAGGCAACAUUACAUUCUGAAGCGAUCUCUAAUAUAUUGCUCCUACUAAAGGGAGCUGAUCUUACUAACGAAAUUGUAUCGUCUUUGCUAUGCAUGGAAUGUACGGUCUCCAAUAAGGAGAUGCCCAAACAGCUGAGUACGUGUUUGUUGAGAUAUUGGAGCCUGGACUCUAGUAAAGAGCUAGCCAAGAUCUUGUGUGGGCACAUUGAAAAGAAUUUAUCAACAGGAAACCGUAGGAGGCAGUUGAAGAGUGGUAAUAACAUAAGCCAACCAACCAUGGAGCAGAUACUCGUCCAGCUAGAAUGCUUUUACAGAGUAUGUCAACAGCAGCAAAACCUUGAUUUCUUCAAACAGGAAAUGGUGAAGAGGAGCUUGGAGAAAGUGAAACAACAUUGUACUAAUUCCAUUCAACAAAAGUUCCAUCUGCUUUUUUCUGUUUGUGAAGAACAGGAGACAAGAAGAAGAAAUGUUAGGAUGUCAAAAAUUGUUGCUACUAUAGACGUUUUGAGUUCUGAAAGUGAGGAGGAAGAAGAAGAGGAACCCCGGAAGAGACCAACAAAACGAAAAAGAAGGCAAAGUCCUGACUUUAUUUCCGACGACAGUGAUGAGUAAUGACGAAUGAAGUAGAGAGAAAACACAUGCAAAUCAUUAAUUCUUACACCAGAUUUACUUCUUGCAUGAAAGUCGUUGCAACGUCUAUAGUCGCUUUAUAAAUGAUUUGAUCUGUUAGCACAACGUGUUUUUAUUAACAGACUGUAUGUAACACACUUUAAGUGUUUGUGUCAAAGAUUACAACACUUAGUCCCUUAGUAUUUAAUUUGUGCACGCGAUUUUUUUUUCCAGCCAUUGGAGAUCUUUCGUUUUAUCGGCAUUCUACGAUUGCCUCGGAGAUCUUAUACCAAUAAAAGCAGUGUUUUUAGAAUUAUAGUACAUGUGAAAUGAA